UGGCCAGUGUGACGGUGUGUGGUUUCCAAGACUAAGUGGUGAAGGGAGUCCUGGCGUCUGCCUCCCUCCCUCUGUCUGUCUCCCCCCCCACCUUCCCCUCCCAUCAGAUCUCUCACCGUGGGGGAGGCCAGCUGCCGCGCUGCGAGGGCACUCGCGCAGCCCUGGGCAGGAGUCUGUGGUAAGACACUGCGGCCUCCCCCCACGGCCGUGUGAGUGAACACCCUUGGGAGCGGCCCCUCAGCGCCGUCAGACCCUCAGAUGGUUGGCAGCCCUGGCCGCCGUCUUCACUGCGGCCUCUUGAGAGACCGUGAGCCAGAACCACCCAGAUUCCUGACUCUGAGAAGCUGGGUGAGAUAAUAAACGUUUGCGCUGAUUGAUAACCUGAUAAGUCACUUAGCCCUUCCCGAUCGCUUUUCCCAUCUGGGACAAGAAGGGUUGGACCCAUCGGUGCCCUUAACAAGUCGAUGGCGAUCUGUUAGUACGGAAAAGGCUGCUUGCACAGCCCGCUGACCCUCGCUGUCCCCGCCCCAACACCACCACAGAGGCCUUUCUGCCUCCACACCCGUGAUCCGGAAGCAGCUUUCAUAGCCCUUCCCUCCGCAGCCACUGACACCUCUCUGGCAAAAGCCAAGCCCAAUUUUUAUUUAUUUCUUCUUACUUUUUUUUUUUUUUUAAUGCUUAUUUUGUGAGAGAGAGAGAGAGUGCACGCACGAGUGGGGGGGGAGGGGCAGAGAGAGGUGGGGACAGAGGAUCCAAAGCAGGCUCUGUGCUGACAGCAGAAGGCCCGAGGCUUGAACUCACAAACUGAGAUCAGGUCUUGAGCCGAAGUUGGACACGUAACCGACUGAGCCACCUAGGCCCCCGCUUCUAAUUUUUUUAAUUUAUUUUUUUAUUUCUUCUUAUUUUGAAACAAAGACAGAUCAUACCGGGAAUACGAUGGGGAAUAUUCCUUAAAUAAAUAAAGCUAUAUUUACACUGAAUUAAUUUUCGUAACUAUGCCAUAAACCAACCUAUUGGAUUUACUAUUUCUGAAAAACGUGUCAUUUCAUUAAAACCUAUUGCUCUUUUGUCUUCUUAGAAACGAGAUGAAUUUUGGCUGCUGCUCUCUCUAAUUAUGCUAGAUAAAUAGACAUCACUCCGUCAUUUAUUUCCAUCUGAUCUCAGUCCCAGCCUGACUUGAUCACCAUUUGUGCUUCAGGAGAACUGGAAUGAAAUUGACCCAAUUAAAAAGAAAGACCUACAUCACAGCAACGGGGAUGAGAAAGCACAAAGCAUGGAGACCCUCCCUCCAGUUUCCUCAUCUCUGAACCAGAGAAAGAAACGGGACGUGCCUUUGAUUGGACGCGGAGAGAUCCAUGUUGGAAAAGCACGCGUGAAAAGUGCGGUGGCGGGACUUUAACCAGGAAGCUUACGUCGGAGGGACAAUGGUCCGCUCCGGGCAGGACCCCUACGCCCGCAACAAAUUCAACCAAGUGGAAAGUGAUAAGCUGCGGAUGGACAGAGCCAUCCCGGACACCAGACAUGACCAGUGUCAGCGGAAGCAGUGGCGGGUGGACCUGCCAGCCACCAGCGUGGUGAUCACGUUCCACAACGAAGCCAGGUCGGCCUUGCUGAGGACAGUGGUCAGCGUGCUUAAGAAAAGCCCGCCCCACCUCAUAAAAGAGAUCAUCUUGGUGGAUGACUACAGCAAUGACCCUGAGGACGGGGCUCUCUUGGGGAAAAUUGAGAAGGUGCGGGUUCUCAGAAAUGAUCGGCGAGAAGGCCUGAUGCGCUCACGGGUCCGGGGGGCCGAUGCGGCCCAGGCCAAGGUCCUGACGUUCCUGGACAGCCACUGUGAGUGCAACGAGCACUGGCUGGAGCCCCUCCUGGAGAGGGUGGCUGAGGACAGGACUCGGGUCGUGUCCCCCAUCAUCGACGUCAUCAAUAUGGACAACUUUCAGUACGUGGGGGCAUCCGCUGACCUGAAAGGCGGUUUUGACUGGAACUUGGUAUUCAAAUGGGAUUACAUGACGCCCGAGCAGAGAAGAUCCCGCCAGGGGAACCCGGUCGCCCCCAUAAAAACCCCUAUGAUUGCUGGAGGGCUGUUCGUGAUGGACAAGCUCUAUUUUGAAGAACUGGGGAAGUACGACAUGAUGAUGGACGUGUGGGGAGGAGAGAACCUGGAGAUCUCGUUCCGCGUGUGGCAGUGCGGCGGCAGCCUGGAGAUCGUCCCCUGCAGCCGCGUGGGACACGUGUUCCGGAAGCAGCACCCCUACACCUUCCCGGGUGGCAGCGGCACCGUCUUCGCCCGUAACACCCGCCGGGCAGCAGAGGUCUGGAUGGACGAAUACAAAAACUUCUAUUACGCAGCAGUGCCUUCUGCCAGAAAUGUCCCUUAUGGAAAUAUUCAGAGCCGACUGGAGCUUAGGAAGAAGCUUAGCUGCAAGCCUUUCAAAUGGUACCUCGAAAACGUCUACCCAGAGUUAAGGGUUCCCGACCACCAGGAUAUAGCUUUUGGGGCCUUGCAGCAGGGAACCAACUGCCUGGACACUUUGGGACAUUUUGCUGACGGUGUCGUCGGAGUUUACGAGUGCCACAAUGCAGGGGGGAACCAGGAAUGGGCCCUGACGAAGGAGAAGUCGGUGAAACACAUGGACUUGUGCCUGACGGUGGUGGACCGGACGCCGGGCUCGGUCAUAAAGCUGCAGGGCUGCCGGGAAAACGACAGCAGACAGAAGUGGGAACAGAUCGAGGGCAACUCCAAGCUGCGGCACGUGGGCAGCAACCUGUGCCUGGACAGCCGCACGGCCAAGAACGGGGGCCUGAGCGUGGAGGUGUGCAGCCCGGCCCUGUCCCAGCAGUGGAAGUUCACGCUCAACCUGCAGCAGUAGGAGAGCCGGGGAGGCCACGCCGGCCUGUCUCCUACACCGUCGGGCUGAGUUUGGUGAUCACGUUAUUGAUUAUGUUUCUUGAACUUUCCGCGAAACUAUAUACCUCAGUAUUCCAUCACGGUCUGAAAGUCGGAGAACUUCUGCGAGGUGCGGGGCCUGGGCGGACACGGAAGAGGCCAGGAGAGAGCAACGGCUCUCCUCCCCUCACAGGAGACAGCCGGGCCCCCUUUCCGAGGCCACGGCCCCCCCGGUGCCCCACCCCCACCCCCCCGGUUCCGGCCGGGGAAGCCCCGGACGACCCCCCAGGGACGGCGGAGAAGCGGCCCGAACGCGUACGAGUUGGGGGCAGGGAGGGUGGACGGGGUGUCGUUGCUACGUCACCACGAGGAGAACUCUCUCGAAAUCUCCAUGUUUGAUCCCAUUGAAAUCACGUCGGGUUUCCACAGCAGCGAACCACGUCGCUUUGCAGGUUUACGUCGUAUUCCCCUGUCCCCACUCCUCUAUUCCCAGCUGUCUUCCCAGCACAGACCCCCCCUCUUCCACAUGAUGUACUUGCUGUAUCUGAGUAUGAACUUUUCUACAGUGGGACACUAAAUAUAAGUAUAUAGAACGAACGCACGGUCAGUUCCCUAUGGUUUCUGUAGGUUGUUCUCAUCUUGUAAAUUCUCCACAGAGCAGUUCACAGCCGGAAGGAAGAGGGACGGGGCUGUCCCGGAGGGAGGAGGUGGUCUCCCUUGCCCCCUGGAGCAUCCUCGUGAGCAGGUGCUAUGGGGGCCGCUGGGCGGGGGGCGGGGGGGGGGGGGCUGCCCUACACAGGGCGCCUCUGUUGCUUUCAGCCCGGAAGUCACCGCCAAAUGUUGGGAUCCACAUUUCGUGCCCUCGGUAUCUGUAAACGUGGAUGGGUUACUUAUUUUAGCAGACGUUGCUUUGGGUCUUUUUAAAUUCCAAUUUCUUUUCUCUUAGGGAAAAACAAAAAACAAAAACAAAAACAGACAAAAAAAAACCACCCCUUCCCACAGCCCUCAGUAGGUGAUGGCAGGAAGCUGUCAGAGACCAGCACCGGACUCAUCGGGAGAGUCUGGGCGAGCUGGCAGGCUGGCCACGGUCCCUGGGCUCUGGAAUCUGGCCUGCCCACACUGUCCCUCCCGGGCCCAGGUGACUGCUGUCGGUCAUGGGCGUUGGGUCGACCGUUAGGAAAGCUACAAACCGAAAGACGCCUGAUCCGUUGACACGGAGGGCAUGGAACACGAGGCUUGUGCUUUAGGAAGCAGCUGUCGGUAUAAACCACAAGACCGGAACUAAAGCUACUACCAGGAAGAGGCACCCGGCAGUGUCCCCGCAGAGUCCUCCUUGCCUUUGCGGCGGCCCCGCACGCAGGGACAGAGUGACUCCUUGGUCAUUCUCGCGGCCACUGCCUCCCUCUCCCCUCUCCUGCCUGCUGCCCACACCCAGGCCCCGUCUCAAAGAGGCCGGCCACCCACAAGCUGAGGCAUCGUGGGGCGCGCAUCAGAAAUUCACCUCCUCGGGCCCCUUUGGGCAGACUGGGAAGUCACAGAGUGAGAAGUGUCCCCAGAAGAUUCCGCUGGGUUGAUGCUCUGCAAAGUGCCACUCUCUUCCCUGCCUGUUCCUCUAGGAAAGGGGAUCUUCCUGGUCUUUUGUCCUCCACUGCACAAGCCCUGCGCGUGUUUGCUCCGGGACGCUGGGCUCAGGCGUAGAGGCGUGGCCGGGUGACUGUCCUGUGUCUUCCUUUCUGGCCCCCUGCCGAGCACCCAGAGGUGCUUUCAGCGGGCAGGGAGGCCCUAGCCGGCCCGACGCUGCACACCUGUGUCCUCAGAGGCUGGUCUUGACUCCAGGUGGGCCCCUGGGGAGAGCGUCGGGUACCCGCGCGAGGCUGUGGGACACAGGCGGGGCGGGAACCAGUGUCUACAGGUGAGCUAUGUUUACAUGACACAGUGUGCCAAAGUGACUUACUGUGGUUGCGUUAUUUUUUUAGUCAUCGGGACGAUCCCACCCUCUCCCGUUUUUACAAGUACGGAUUCUUUUCCUAAGAGCCCUUUGAGCAAAGCGUGGCAAAGUGAGUCGUCUUCUCUGUGGUGGUCUUUUCUUACGUCCUCAUAAACGCUAAAAUGAUGGUAUCUG